GCCAGGGGUUACGGGCUCACAUGUCAGAACGAGGAGAAUUGACGUCAGUGACGGCUGUUGAUUGGUUCUCAGCCGUAUCCGGUGGGGCAGCGGUCCAGGGCUCGGUAAAAAAAAAAAAAAAAAAUCGAAGCGAGGAGGAGGAUCUGGUAACGGUGCGCUUUGAGAAAUAUCAUACGCCCCGAGUCGCUAUCGAAAGGCUCGGAAGGAUUUUACAGUUUCUUAGGUCACAGAGCAGGGUUGCGGUUGUCGUCAUGGCAUCUGGAAGUACGAGCAGUGAGGAGGAGCGGAGUCUCCGAGAGUGUGAGCAGUACGUGCAGAAACACAACAUUCAACAGCUGCUGAAGGACUGCAUUGUUCAGCUGUGCACCUCCAGGCCAGACAGGCCCAUGGCCUUCCUCAGGGAGUACUUCGAGAGGCUGGAGAAGGAGGAGGCCAAGCAGAUUCAGAACCAGCAGAAGGCCAGCAGUUCCCGUUCAGACUCACGUGAUGAGGAGGUGUCUCCACCCAUGAACCCUGUGGUGAAGGGUCGCCGGCGGAGAGGAGCCUUCAGCGCAGAGGUUUACACAGAGGAGGAUGCAGCCUCAUAUGUCAGAAAGGUCAUUCCAAAAGACUACAAAACAAUGGCUGCCUUAGCCAAAGCUAUUGAAAAGAACGUGCUCUUCUCACACCUGGAUGACAACGAGAGGAGUGACAUAUUUGAUGCAAUGUUUCCAGUCACCUAUAUUGCUGGGGAGACUGUUAUUCUGCAGGGUGACGAAGGGGACAAUUUCUAUGUUAUUGACCAAGGGGAGAUGGAUGUGUAUGUGAACAAUGAAUGGGUGACCAGCAUUGGGGAAGGAGGCAGCUUUGGAGAACUGGCACUGAUAUACGGUACCCCGAGGGCGGCUACAGUCAGAGCCAAGACCAACGUCAAACUGUGGGGCAUUGACAGAGACAGCUACAGGAGAAUACUUAUGGGAAGCACUUUGAGAAAGAGGAAGAUGUAUGAAGAAUUCCUCAGGAAAGUGUCCAUUUUAGAGUCUCUUGACAAAUGGGAGCGUCUGACAGUCGCCGAUGCCUUGGAGCCCGUCCAGUUUGAGGACGGACAAAAGAUUGUUGUGCAGGGAGAGCCUGGAGAUGAGUUCUUCAUCAUCCUGGAGGGCUCUGCUGCAGUGUUGCAGCGUCGCUCAGAGAACGAGGAGUUUGUGGAAGUUGGGAGAUUAGGACCAUCGGACUACUUUGGUGAGAUCGCCCUGCUGAUGAACCGUCCCCGCGCUGCCACCGUGGUCGCCCGCGGCCCCCUGAAGUGCGUCAAGCUGGACCGGCCACGCUUCGAGCGCGUGCUGGGCCCCUGCUCAGACAUCCUCAAACGUAACAUCCAACAGUACAACAGCUUCGUCUCGCUGUCCGUCUGAGGGAGCACUUCUCCCCAUCCCCUCCUCUCCCCACACCCUUCACCCUGUCCUCUCUCCUUUCAGACCCAGGGUCCACCAAUGCAAUUUGCUUUUCGUCACUUUCUUCUCGUUUCUGUUUGCUUUCCCCCCACCCUCCUCUCUCUUUGUUUUACACACACACAUGAUUUUGUUGUUACCGCCCGUCACGCAGAGGUGACUUUUAGCCCUUCACCAGCGCUUGUACCAGCUGCUGUACGCUACCUUGUAGGCACAGUUACAUCACAUGUUACUUAUAUAUGUAUUUGCUGGUUAUGCUUUCUUUUUAAACACAAAGCAGGAGAAAGACUUUAGGGUCUCAGACUGAUGAGACAGACAAUCAAGACUUUACAUGGCGCUUUCGCUGAAUUUGUUACAGAUUUCUGUUUUCGAUGGAAGUAAAGUGAGAAGACUGCUUAUUCCCCAUUUAAAGUUUCCUUGAGUUAGCUUGAUUAGACCUACAGAGUAGAGCAGAAACCCUAGAAGGCAGGAAGAAUACGGUCGCAUCAAAUUGUUUUUUAGGUUUCAGCUGUGAUAAGAUGCUCCACCUGUCGUUUAUGGUUGAUUUGUAAAAGACGAGACGACGUUGACGGGGUUUGUUUUAGUUUGAGAGAGCUUGUACAACUUAAGACUUUUAAUGUGCAGCUACCAGGCUAGUGCCAAAUGAUUAUUGUCACAACGCAAAGAUGCAUAGCCGUGGAGAUGCAGUGUGUGUCGGAGGAACAGGAAGUAGUUCUCACUCUUGCUGUCCUCUUAAUCCAUAGAAUGAACAUACAAGAACUGCCUUGACUACUCUGAGGAAAAAUAAAUAAAUAAAUAAAAAGAAAGGAAAAAAAAUAGUAUUAAAUGUAUUUCAGUAUUGAGUUUAUUUAGUAUAUACCAAAUAACUUGGUCACUCUUCUGCUAUGGUUUGUAAUCAGAAAUGUUAUCAUAGUAUAGUUAAAAUGAUGAUCUUAUGGUUUGGAGUGCUGGUGAUCUUUAAAAAAAAAUAUGUUUAACUGUCUUUUGUAAACACUUAUUUUUCCAUAAAUUCUAUUUUAGGUGUCCAGUGCCACAAAGUAAAUAAACGCUUCUUCUUGUCAACUGACGAAACAGUAUGUAAUUGUAUUGUGUAAAAAUGUCAUGGGUUAAAACUUUUUAAAAAUAGAUCAAGAGGUUUAGUUAAAGUUUUAUGGAAGUGGAAGGAAUCAAACGAGCGAGAUGGAUUUUCAGGACAUGUGAAGUAUUUAUGUGUCGAGGCUUCACGCCGGUGAGCUGACGGGCAGAGCGAGCAGAUGUGUAUUUAAUACUAGUGUCAUUGCUUAUUGCCUAUUUGAAAAGGUGGCUGUCUUUUCAUCAGAGUAGCUUGUGACCUGUUCUUUAUGCUUAUUUGGCAUGAUGUUUUAGGCAUCCAGUGAUCCGGUAUGAAUGGAAGCGUGUAUUUAAAAAAAAAACUAAAAAAAAAAAAAGAAGAAGAAAAAAGUGUCCUGCAGCUUUGUGGAGAAGCAGGAACUUUGUCAAAUAUUUGGUUUGUUACUCUCUAGCUUAACUGCUUCAUGACUAUUUAGAUGGUAUAAAAUGUUAUAUCUUUUAUUUUCUUUUUUAAAGAUCUUCACCAAACACAACUUCUGGAUUAUAGGCUUUUCAUUCCUGCCUCACUGUCUGUUUCCAGACCUGUACUCAGUCAUGUUUAUGUUUCAUUCACAGCACUUGUGCGCGUUUAGGAUUGAGAUGUGUGUUUGUACGUCCAAAAAGUUUUUGAUUUGGGUGCCGAUUGCAGGGUAGUCAGGCUGGCGAGAAGACCCUUCGUUAACGGACACGAGUGUAUGUUUCUUUACACUUAAAACUGAUCAUCUGUUCCCCCCUAACCCUCAGGUUAUCCUUGUGGAUGUGGCAACACGUGGGUUUGUGUCCACUGACAACACAUCCUGUUUGUCCCGUUCCACAGGAAGUUGACUCCGUUAGGGGUGAGGGUUUCACCUUGUUUUCAUGUAAAUAUCUGCAUCAUUGGUUUUAGUCCAAAAGGUUUUAGCCACACUGCAAUCGUCCCGGUUUGCCUUAGCUUACCUAACCUGGGCUUACAGUAGUAGUCAGUCACUCCUGCUAGCCCGACCUCCAGUGAGUUUGUUAGGCCUGCGGCACUGAGAGCUGCAGGCCACCAGAGGACCAUUCUUUUUCUAUUCUACCCUGUAUUUAGUUUGACCUCCUGUAUGUGCAAAGAUGUUUAUCCUUUUGGUAUAGAUUGUUCCAGAUGGCAGUUUAAGCAAUAAAAAAGUAAAAAAGAA